GUGUGAUGAUGAGAGCGAAGUUUCACCUUGUUUAGUGCUGCCCCGGACCCUACAUCGCCCGGAGAUGUCAGUUUAUCGACUGCUCACGUAACAGAAUAUUGCUCCAGGGAGUAGGUAACUAGUUCACUGAAACGUAGAGAGAGGCAACCGGAGUAAAACUGCUCCGAUUUCACAACGAGCGUUGACGGUGAUUUGCCGCAACUGCGCGCAGUUUUCUUCAACAUGCGGAGGCACGCAGUUUCCUUGGCAUUCCUCGUUGCCGCAGCCUGUUCCGUGUCUCAAGGGCCGCAAGCAGUUGGCUCAGAAUCCGUGCAGCUUAUCGGUGGUCGUACCCCGUGGAUUGGCUAUCCCAGGAUAAUAACAGCCUCUGGUCAAUCUGCACUUCUCUGCGAGCGGUCAGAUUUCUCGGCAAAUCGGUCUCUAGACAACGCUGACGUCAUAUGCAAGCAACUCGGCUACCAGAGUGCAAUCGAUUUCUCUUCACUAGCCCCUGACACAAGUCAGAGUUUACUUCCCAUUGAUCCACAGGAUCUGCAUUUUUUUCGCUAUACGUCCAACCUGUAUUGCAAUGGCAGUGAACAGCGCUUGAUGGAUUGUUCCUCCAGCAGAAUCACAUCUAAUUAUCGUUCAUUUGAAUACAACCGGUGCGGGUAUUCAGAAAGACCCGCGGCGGCCAUUGUAUGCGAACACGGUGUUCGCCUUGUCAACGACCAGAGUGUUGCCCAGGGGCAUGUUGACGUGCAGUACAAUGGCGUGUGGGGCUCGGUGUGUGACAGUGGUUACAGUGGGCACAGCUGGAAUCCCGUGUGCAGAGAUUUGGGAUUCCACGGCGUCUACCGCGCUGGAUCGCAUCCAAUAACAUUUGGAGAAAAGAUUGUUUCGUCGGGCGCCAAUUGUACCGGUACGGAGUCAUCCAUCACCGAAUGCCAUCUGAACUUGGAUUUCCCCAAGACCUGUCCUGGAAACACGGCACUCUCUGUAUCGUGUGGACUGGUUCGCUUGAUGGAUCCAGGAAGAUCAUCCUCCUCUCUGUCUAGACCUAGCCGUGGCCGAGUGGAAAUCUUUGAUGGAGAGAGUUGGGGUACGGUUUGUGGAGACAGUGUGUGGAAGCAGCAGGUCACCGCAGACAUUGUGUGUCGGCAGAUGGGCUACCUGAAGGCACAGAGAUUUGGCGAACGGCGGUUUUCCGCUGGCGCUGGGGCUGUGCUGAUGCGACUGAGGCAUUGUCCCAGCAGCGCACGGUCGAUCUUUGACUGCGAGUUUGACACAGGCCCUCGCCACGCCGGCUGCUCAAACUCCGACGCCUUUGUGGAAUGUCAACCCAAUUGCCCGUACACGCCAUCGAUAGAAUACGCAAAUGAAACACUAAUGCCUCGCCGCAGGCUCAAGGCAGGGGAGUCUAUGGCGGUGUACUGCGAACGUGCUUACUAUCCCACACGACCAUACAUCCACUGUAGGUACAGGGCUAGGAAUGCCAGUAGCACCCUGUCCAGCGCGUCCUGUGCACGAAUCACGUGCAGCCCGAGCUCCCACCCAGAAAACGGGCACGUGAUCGUAAACAACUACCCACUUCACCGGAGAAAGUACAUAUGUACGCCGGGCUAUGAGAGGCGUGGCAGCGAGAUUCAGGUCUGUGUCCGAAGGAAUGGUCAGUCUGUUUGGGACAGCCCUCCAGCAACCUGCGUUGAUGUCAACGAGUGCAGCAACGGAACAUUACACCAUUGCUCUUCAGGGGGUGCCACUUGCCAAAACACUGACGGGUCAUUUGAGUGUGUCUGCACGUCAGGUCACUAUCUGAACUCUCCUUUCCAGCUAUGUCCUGAUUCUGAGCACACACAUGCCCCAACUACUUCCAAGGAACACAGUCCCACAGAGUUCCGCAUCAUAGCGGCUACGAUGGGAUCACUAUUGCUGGUCGCUAUCACCUUCAGCACCGUCCUGACCGUCUGCUAUCACAGAAAGGCCAAGGCUACCGUGUUUGCCACGGCCGCUCUGGACAUGGCGUUGAUACAGAACCGCGAAUCCAACCCCCAGAGAUACAGCAUGGCUGCCGGCCAGGGCACCACCGACAAUGCUAAUAGCAGCCCAAUGUACGAUGUGCCGACAUCGAAGCCUGAGCAGCAACAUCAGCAGCAGCCUGAAGAGGCUCGCUAUAAGCAGCCGAAUAGCCGUUGCUUGUCACCCACAAAGAAGGAUCCUUCACCACCAGACUCCCCGGAUACUCUCAUCAAUGUAAAAGAAUCUUCUGAUCUGAACGAGUAAUGCCUCUACAGUCACUUCUCUCUCUCUCAAGCAUUCUCACUUCUCUCUACACCGGUGUCAUUGCCCUUUCUCACUCUUUCCUCUCUAUGACACACACACACGCACGCGCACACACACACACACACACACACACACACACACACACACACACACAAGCACACAUAUACACUUUCUCUCUCACAUAUGCACAAACUCUCUCACCGCCCCCCCCCCCCUUACACACACACGCGUGCAUAUACACACAUAUGCACACACACACACGCAUGCAUGAAAACAAACAAACACACACACACACACGCACACACGCACACACAAAUACCAUGUAUCAUGUACACGUCCGUCGCAAGAGAAGCAGCAAAUCUGCAAAUGCACUGGAUGUCCACCUACAGAUUUUCUCUUAUAGCAACGAUAGUGGAUCUGAUUCUGAAUGAAACAGAUCAAGACUGAGCGCCAGAUAACUGUCUAUUCCACACAACUGCCGAAGCCACGUGAAUCGACCCCCAAUGCACACCUGGUCUACACCACACGGCCCGGAGCACACUGGAAAAGGACGUGUAGGGUGUGCAUAGGUACCAUACGCACCUUUACCCUCCCCCUCACAAACACACAUACCCUCCUCCUCCCCCCCUCCACAGACACACACACAUGCCUAUCGCCGUAGCGAUGAUGGCAGCAAUAUCUGCUGAACAUGGCAAGAGCUGCUGGGAAUGUGCUUUUACCAUAAAGAUCUUGGAAGGCCGAGGAAUCCACCACCACCGCUAUCUUAUGGCCGCCCACAGGUGCAUCCUCUGUAUGUAUGGCUGUCUGUGUGUCUGUCUGUGUGUCUGUCUGUAUUGCUGUCUGUGUGUCUGUCUGUUUGUCUGUCUGUGUGUGUGUGUGUGUGUGUGUGUGUUUCUGUCUGUCUGUCUGUCUGUCUGUCUGUCUGUGUGUAUGUCUGUGUGUUUGUCUGUGUGUCUGUCCACGUGUCUGUUUGUGUGGCGGUCUGUGUGGCGGUCUACCACACAAACAGACUAUACUUUCCUUCCGCCUGGUUCUUGUUGUUUGUUCAUUUAUGACUUAUCAAAUUUCUACAUUAGUGCAACAGUAACUGAUGUUGAAACGUUUUCAAAGACGGUUUCCAGUCUCGUCACUUUAAUAAGCUUUUAGGAGCUUCCAUUUUAAUCACUUUUACCUUUAAUUUGCUUCAAGUUUAAUCUGUUAUUAGCAUCCGAUCGCAUUACUUUUUUUUAAACCUUUUAUCAGCUUCCAGUCCCAAGACUGUAACUAGCUGUUAUAGCUGCCAGUCACAUCACCCUACCGUUUAAUUUUCUUUCAGUUUAUCCUGUUAUUAGCUUCCGAUGACAUUACUCAAAGUACACGUACCUUCAGUGGAUUCACUCUAAACCGUUGCUAGCAGCUUCAAGUUCCAGUCACAUGACUCUAAUCGCUUUCAGUCGCAUCACUCUAAAUUAACCCCUGCUGCUCUAUCGUGCAAUAAGCAUCUCUUACGUUCUAA